AGACAUUCUCUACCCUGAGUAUUUUAGUACCAAUCUCCAAGAGCAAGAAUAUCAUUUCCAGCGUCUUCUUUUCUAUUAUUGUCCCAUUAUCUUCAUAAAAAUGGUUCAAACAAAACUUCGCCGGGAUGGACCUAUCCCCGUCCAUCGGCACACAAGCACCGCAGCUCCAAAUACCUCAAGUGCAGUGUCUGUUGCUAAUUCAGCAUUUGUUGUUCCCCCAGCGGACAAUGUUGAUUCCGUAGUAUCCAUCGCAAUGGAAGUAAGCUUCAUGGAACUUUUAGUACAUUGGUUGUUGACAGCGUCUUUUGCCACCGGUGUUUGGUUCAUCUGGCAUCUUUUGCAUUGA